AUGAUUCGACUCGUCAAGGUCCGCAAAGUCAUUCUUGUGCUUUUGGUUCUGACUUACGACGAGACCGGUCGAGAUGAUGUGGACGCGAGUGCUGCGCUGGCUGAGCUGCAAAAAAUGCCACACGUGGGCCUGGCCGCAGCAACUCGUGGUCGUGAUGGCUCAGGUCUGGGUCGAACACCGGCUGAUGGAGAUUCCAUAGCAUCCGCGACUGAAGAAGCACCGAAAAAGUUGCCCACAUUAACAGAAGAGGAGAAAACGCGUAUCAUGACAUCAGACGGGUUUGUGCAAUUUUUCGAACGGUCCGCGCGGAUCAUGGAGCGCGCAGUGUGCGAACCGGAAGACACAUUGUUCUUCGAUUAUUCAGGUGCGGAUCACGAGGCAGAAACACCCGAAGCUGGAUUGUUGACUAUUUCAAACGAGUUUUUCGACGAACGAUGGUCGAAACGGCGCACAGUGACCAGUUUAGAAUGGUCUAGUGUGUUUCCUGAACUCUUACUGGCUUCCUAUCAUCGAAAUGAGGAAGCAGUACACGAACCGGAAGGGGUUUGCCUUAUCUGGAAUAUGAAAUUCCCAAAGAAAAACAGUCCCGAAUACAUCUUUCAUUGUCAGUCUCCACUGACCUCAGCCACUUUGUCCAAGUUUCAUCCCAAUCUGGUUAUUGGUGGCACUUAUUCUGGACAGAUUGUACUCUGGGAUAGUCGGGCCAACAAACGCACUCCUGUGCAACGCAGCCCACUCACCUCAUGGGCUCACACUCAUCCAGUGUUCGCAAUCACAUUGGUCGGUACACAGAACGCACACAACAUUAUCAGUCUCGGAUCGGAUGGAUCGUUGUGUGCAUGGAACCUCGAGAUGUUGGCCCAGCCCCGCGAAAAGAUAAAAGUGUGUGAAAUGUCUGGUAGCGGCUUGUUUGACCUGUACCCCACUUGCAUGUCGUUCUUUGCGAAUGAUGUGAACAACUAUGCCGUCGGGGCAGAAAAUGGCAAUGCAUAUUGUGGCCAACGUCACAGCAGCCGCACGGGAACAGUUGAAGAAGUAUCACGACACGUCCCGUACAGAGGUCACUGUGCUCCAAUCACAGCCAUAUCCACACAUCCAAGCCCGGGAGCAGUGAGUUUCUCCACGCUGUUCCUGACCGCUUCUUUGGAUUGGACCGUGCGAUUGUGGUCUACACGAGAGUACAGUCCGUUGCACACGUUCGAAGACUACUUCGACUAUGUGUAUGAUGUAAACUGGAGUCCUGUUCAUCCCGCUGUAUUCGCGGCAGUUGACGGCACUGGCCGUCUAGAUAUUUGGGAUAUCAAUCAAGAUGUUGAGGUACCCUGUGCCCGGACUGUAAUCGGAUCUGCAGGCGCAACAGAAAAUACAAAUAAUGGUACUGCAUUGAAUAAAUGUCGUUGGAACGUGUCUGGCACGCACGUGGCCGCAGGUGACAAUCACGGCCACGUUACUGUCUGUGCCGUGCAUGAAAGUCUUUCUCAGCCUGGCGCGGAACAGUGGACGGAAUUUGCUCGUUCAUUAACUGAUCUGAAGCACUACAAUAUGGAACCUGAUAUGCGUCAGGAAGCGUAA